CUGAAGAGAUGAGGACGAUAAAGUGCCGCUUCGUGGUGCUCCUGUUGGCCCUGCAUUGCCUCGCCUGCGUUGGACUUGGAGUUGGAGCAGCACCCAUUGGCGAGCAUGUGGAUCAUGCUGGCUGCAUUCGGAUAACGAUAGUAAAGCGGCCACUGGCGACCCCGACAACCACAACGACGACGACCACCACCACCACCACCACCACAACGACAACGGCGGCCACCACAGUAGCCACUGGCUGAAGAUGCAGAUGCGAUGGAAUUCGAAUUAGAUUUCUGUAUUCGAAUGAAAUAAAAGCCCAAGCGAAAGGCGGAAUCAUGUUAAU